AUGCUGGACCCCGACCGCACCCCCGCAGACAAGCGCUUCGCGGCACUCACGGGUACGCCCCAGGAUACCAUCCGAAAUGCUGGUAUUAGUUUCCAGUGUGACGACCGUGAUAUCUGUACGAAAUUGGGGGGAGAACCUGUGACUAUUUGUGGCCGCAAGUUCAAAGUCCAACCGUAUUCUAAGUACUCUCAUUGGUACUACGUGGACCUUCAACGCCUGCCCGACGACGCAACGGAUGGACUUAUCUACGACUGGCUUGCCAACAAGGGUCAGCCACCGGUGUACAUCACGCCGGCUCAUGUUGUAGGUGGUCUCCGCUCGCGCAGUCGACGAGUCUACUUUAACCAAAAGUUGCCCCCGGCAUCAGUGAUGCUAGAUAAACGCACCCCGCUCCGCCAGAUCCAGUUCACGGGUCAAGGCUACUCGGUGGUGCACCAUCGAAACCGCGCCUACAAUAGCGUCAUUCCACCUUUCAUCAAGGUACUUUGCGAAAAAGGACGACAGACUCGCCUGUCCAAGCCUGUAUCGCCAGCCUCCGAAGCAGACGACACAGGCAGCAUCCCACCGGCGUUUGACAACUCCAGCGAUACCAGCGAAGGUGCCGCAAUAGUUGACGACUCAGCCUCAGAGGGUGAGUCACAUAGUGGGGACCACUCUGAUGAGGAGUCCUGUACCAUGGAUGGUAUUGAGGCCGCUGUCGUGGCUCGACCCAAAUCGGUCUGGCCCCACGAAACGGUACCAACUUUCCCGGUUGGCUCUAUUCAGGCCACCGACUUCACGCCAGCCCGUAUCAAACGGGCGAAGACCAUGGUAUUUGGUACUAUUGCUGACCCGGCGGUCGACCUUCAACGUCUUCCUCCGUCGCAGCAGGAAUACCCGACGAUCGCGUCAUUUAAUUCGUACGAGUGGCUGAGUGAAGGUGCGAACGGACCUAUACCGCCGGACCAAGAUCUCAUCCUCUGGGACAGGUCGAACGACCCGCCGCAGUCCGUAGCCUCCUAUGUGGGGCUAUCAGAAGUGACUGAGAGCGUGCUCAAUGCGGCUGUCUAUCAAGGCAACGUUGAACAACUCUCCCUUCAGGAACUCUGCGCCGUUAUUGAGGACUUUCUGGGAUCGUUUAGCUCUGCGAUGGACCCGGAUACUGUGCUGUCAACGGUGCAUGCCCAACCUAGUCUUCACCGCGCCUUUGGACACGUCGUUCUUCGAGAGUUGUCCUCUCAAGUCUAUCCGUCGGAAGAUGAAGGCAGCGUGUCUGGCCGGCUCUCCACGCUUUACCCCAACCAGCAUGACUUCGAUUUCCAGACCAUAUUAGGGCAACUGUGUUCAGACCAGUCCCAAUACUGGCUCAAGUUACGGCUGGCUGAAGCUGACCUGGCGCUGCAGAUCAUUGCACCCAGUAUCUAUGCGGAUCCCCUUAAGCUGAGUGCGGUGACAGGGAAGGCAGCAUCGGCACUACCUCACCCUCUGUGGUUUCGUUGGGGUGACUCGACCCUUGCCAACGUAAUAAUAUCGCCCUUGAUGGACCGCAUUGUGGCUGGGCCUCUCCCAACUGACCUUCGCUCUACGAUUGAGUACCUUUGCGAACAGGCCGCCUCGGUGGUUACAUCUCUUCCCACUCGCCUCUAA